AGUAAACCGAUUCAAAACUGAUACUCGCUUCGCGCAUCAUUACAGAAGAAGCCGUAGAGAUCUUCUGAAGAGUUAAUAAAAAAUAUAUAUAUAUCUCAGUAUACCAGUUAUUUGUAUUAUUUAACGGAUUUACACGGGACAAUAGAUGGUCAGAAUGGCAUCAGACUGGAUUGGCUGUCUUGUUUCAGUCCACUGUGGACCAGCUCUGGGAGUUUAUCAAGGAGAAGUGUCUUCAGUAGAUCAGACCAGCCAGACCAUCUCUCUCAGACAUCCCUUCCACAAUGGAGUCAAGUGCACUGUGCCUGAGGUCACCUUCAGUGCCAUGGACAUUAAAGAUCUCAAAAUCCUGGAGAUCCGUAAGAGCACAACUGAAGUCCCGAAGCAGAACGGUCCAGACUCCAGCUCCACAUCGACGCCGCAAGGUGGACGCAAGGAUAAGGGUGGUGGUGCACCGGGCAAUAGCGCUCCUCUUACGGUACCUAAUAAAACAGAACCUAAAACUCAGGAAGGAGGGGUGUCUCCAGUGCCACACUACUCAAAGAGUUAUGGUGAACGUCAAAUGGACAUGGCCGCCCAAAGUAAAGGCUUUAGACGAAGACACAAUUCCUGGUCGUCUAGUUGCAGAGGUCCAAAUCAGGUCACACCGAAAAAGAAUGGGAUGAAGAACGGAAGUCAUAUGAAGAACAAAGACGAUGAAUGUUUUGGAGACGGUAUGGAAGAUGUUCUCGAUGAGGACUUUGAUUUUGAGGGGAACCUGGCGCUCUUCGACAAGGCUGCGGUGUUCUCGCAGAUCGAGUCGUCAGAGCGGCGAGGCAAUGGUGCGAGAUCUCGAGGUACGCCUGGAGAGCAAACACCAUCACGAUACCGGCAUGACGAGAACAUCCUAGAGGCCAAACCCGUCAUCUACAGACAGAUCACUGUUCCACAGAAUGAAACGAAAGAAUAUAGCACUGACUCAGGGCUGGUGGUACCCAGCAUCUCUUUCAAGUUGCACAAGCGUUUAUUAGCUGCAGCAGAAAGUCAUGGUCUGUCUCUGGAGCGCAGGCUUGAAAUGACAGGUGUAUGUGCGAGUCAGAUGGCCCUCACGCUACUUGGAGGACCAAACAGACUUACCCCAAAGAAUGUGCAUCAACGGCCCACAGUAGCUUUACUGUGUGGACCACAUGUCCAGGGCGCUCAGGGCAUCAGCUGUGGCCGGCACUUGGCCAACCAUGAAGUGGAGGUCAUCCUUUUCCUGCCAAACUUUGUCAAGAUGUUGGAGGCCAUCACCAGCGAACUUGCACUCUUUGGGAAGACGGGAGGCAAACUGGUUUCUAAUGUGAAAGACUUGCCCGAGACGCCAGUUGACCUGGUCAUAAACUGCUUGGAUUCACAUGAAAACGGAUUCUUGAGCGAGCAGCCCUGGUACAAGGCUGCCGCCGACUGGGCCAACCAGAACCGAGCCCCGGUACUGAGCAUCGACCCUCCAGUAAGUGGACAGGCACAUGCCGUGGAAGCAAAAUGGUCACUUUCACUUGGCCUCCCGCUGCCUGUGUCCGAGGGCGCCGGCCGAGUCUACCUGUGUGACAUCGGUAUUCCCCGACAGGUUUUCCAGGAAGUGGGGAUCAAAUACCACUCCCCCUUCGGAUGUAAAUUCGUCAUUCCGCUGCACUCUGAAUAAGCCGUUGACUUUCACAGUCGAGGCUCACUGAACCUGCCUUAAAGAUUUUAAGUAUGAACGGACCUCAGUUUGAAUGUUGCAGCAGAACUGAAACUUCUCAGUCUCUAUUUUUCUCAGAUUCUUCUAUACUUUUGUGAUGAUCUCCAUUAAAGGGAAGUGAUGGCAAACGAUACCAGCUCUUGUGACAAACCUGAUAUGGUAAAAGCAGAACAAACAUCAUUAUAUUGUCUGCUGCAUUCUAGCAGUUUUACAAUAAUCUUUCACACGGCCGUUUUAAUAUGCAAGGCUGAUCUUUUUGGAAAAGACAACUUUCAUAACCCAUUAAAUAUGCAGUAAUGUCACAAAACAGCAACUGGCUCACACUUAAUGCGACUUUAUUGGUCUUAAUGGCAUUUUUGAAUCUUAUUUUGUUACUUUGAGUAUCUUAAAUAGAAGAAUUUGCUUUUAGUUCUUCGUCAGAUCUGCUGAUUUAGAUCGACUUUAAAUUUCCCCAUAGAAAAAUGUGCAUUAGAUGGGGCUUUCGUUUAUUUCCCAUGCUGCUUUUUUUUCUUUUUGUGCCAGACUGAUCAAAGUCAGUGUUAAGGCACUGAGAUUAUGGCAGUUUAUUGCAUGCAACAUUUCAUACUGCGUUAUUUGCUUUGUUGACCAAGCCCAGUGUGCUGUAAAUAUGACAGAUUGACUGGGAUCUCAUCAGGGAUAAAAUGUCACACACUCGAAUGGUAAGAUAAGUGUAUUAAAAAACUACUUUGUGAUAUUGGUUGCCAUUGGACCAAUACUGACCAUUUUAAGCAGUCAUUGGCCAAUACCACCAAUUUUCUAAGGCUAAUAUUCAUUGCUGUGCUUUACCUCAUUUCCAUUUGUUUCAGUCCUCAGUGCUCAAAAAUAAGCAGCUUAUGAAAUCCUGUUUUAAAUGCGAAGUGGAAUUGCUUGUUUGGUUACAUAAAACAAGGAUCUUUUAUUAAGAAAGAUUCUCCACUUGUUGCAAUAAACCUGCUUGCCAAAAUCGAUUUAUGAUUUUAUUACAGGUUGUAUUACAGUGCGCAUAAACCCAUUACAAAGCAAAAAGUCAGUGUGUGCUACACACUCAGUUCUUUUGGGUAAUGAAUAAUGAGUUUUUCAAAAGCACUGAUAAGGACAGUUGAAAUCGUAUGCCUUUACAGUUAAAAUGAGAGGCACUUAUGACUCGCAAAUGCUUCAUAAAAGAUCCGUAUGCAACAAUAAUGAACUUAAAAUUGUUUCAAAACUGCUUUUAUCUUUGUUUUCUGUUCAUUAGCCACAUUUAUGGUUUAAGCGCUUUUUUCCUUUGCUUUUCCUUUUUUUUUAAACAUCGGUUAAGCUAUGUACAAUCUAGUGAUGAUCUUUCUUGUCACAAGUGUUAAGAUAAGCUAGAAACCAACAGACCUUACACAGCACCUAGUCAUGGGAAAAAGAAUGUGAAUUGUUUUUUCUUUUUUUCCCUCUCUCUCUCUCCUCCUUUUUUUCAGUGUUGAUGUUUGUGUCUGUAAGGUCAUUGGUGGAGCCUCUGAUGGCUGUUGGAGCUAAUUUCAAUUAGCUUUUGAGCUUAAAAACAAAGACUAAAUGAGUCAGUUAUUAAAAGCAUUAAUAAGUUAAUGAUGCUAAUGUGAUUGCACUGUCAGAGAAUAUCAAAGGUCCAUCUUAUAGUGGAUGAAUACAGAUAAGAGAACAUGUGUGUUUAAUAAUACAGCAGUUACUGAGCAAAUCCAGCACUAAAAGAGCUUAAAAUGGUGCCAAAAUCACUUGCUGGUUUUUAUGACUUGUUACUUGAAAUUGAAAAUAUUACUGCUGUACAAUUAAUAUUGUUUUUUUCAUUUGGUUUGCACAAAAAAAAUAAUUGGCUCUUAUUGAUAAUAGCUACAGAGCCCAGUUUAACAUUGAGUUGAAUAUUGUUUGAUACCUAAGCACUACUUGUGCUUAGAUGUAUGUCAAAAUGCAGUUUGAUUUAAAUCAUUCCUCUGUAGGAGUUUGCUUCUAAAAUCUGACCACACUCUGUUGAGCAAUAAAAAAAAAAAAAUAGCAAAAACGUUUUGUUGUUAUCUGGUGAUGUUCAUUUUUGUGGCUUCCCCUCGAUGAUGUUUUCAAAUUCGGCUCUAGAGGUUUGAGGGGCUUUUGUUCAGUAUCAAAUGUUGAAAGCCACUUUUUGGUUUCUUUCCACAGGUUUCCAUUCUUACGCCUUUUUCUUCACAAAAGCAUGAGAUAAAGGUUGUUAGCAUUGCAUAAUUUCAUCAUUUAUCUCUGCACCUGUUGUAUAAGUCAAGACACGAUUCAGUUCUGGUUUAGACAACAACAACAACGUUACCAUUAAUUGUGAAUUAGUGACAUUUCUGUUCUGCAUAGUUCUGAUAUCACUGGAAACCUUACAUGCUUAACAAUGUCAACCUUGAAGUUUAAGGACUGAAUAAAUAAAGAGAAUGGAAAUAUGA